AUGUCCGACGCAGGCCGCCAAUCGUUCACCGACAAGGCAGGGUCGGCUCUCAAGCCUGAUUCUCAAAAGUCGUUCGCCGAGCACGCCGGCGACAGUCUGAAAGGCACCUCCGACUCGAUUUCCUCGUCCUUGCAGCCAGAGAGUCAGAAGUCGACCUCCCAGCAGAUCGGCGACACCUUCUCCGGCAACCAGAAUGAGAACAAAGGGUCCCUGAUGGAUAAGGCCAAGGAGGCUGUUGGUCUCGGCGGCUCUGGCAACAGAACUUGA